AUGAGACCCCCAAGUACCAAUCCAAUCCUUUACUACUACUACUACUACUACUACUACUACUACUACUACUACUACUACUACUACUACUACUACUACUACUACUACUACUACUACUACUACUACUACUACUACUACUACUACUACUACUACUACUACUACUACUACUACUACUACUACUUCUACUACUACUACUACUACUACUACUACUACUACUACUACUACUACUACUACUACUACUACUAUUACCAUCGUCGUUGUCGUCGUCAUCAUCAUCAUCAUCAUCGCCGCCGCCGCCACCGCCGCCGCCACCGCCGCCGCCACCGCCGCCGCCGCCGCCACCACCGCCGCCGCCACCACCACCACCAACACCGCCACCAUCAGCGCCAUCAUCAUCAGCUCCCCUAGGUUUUCUACGCUUACGGACGAUGAGUCAUCCUGACAUUUGCUCCAUACUUUAGGUGAAUUCGAAAAUUCUGUCGUAGGCCCCGUAAAAAAAGGUUUGUCAUUCAGCCAGGAAUGGGAAGAGUUGUGCUGAACUGAACAAAGACGCAACUAGCUCGAAGCAGUGGCGCAUCAAUCUAUCCGCACUCUGUAUCCUCUCUCCCUCCUCCCCACUUUAGUAUCCUGAAUUAGUUAUGAAACUCGAGUUUGAAUAAGAUUCGCGUGUAGAUGAGUGAAAGAAGUGUUCCUAAUCACGUGAAAAACGCAUUAAAACUACCAGCCGUCAAAAGGACUGCUAAUAUGGAUAUUCCGCCACCAGCCCACUUCAUACCAACCAUGCAAACAUUGACAACCUAAAAGUAUGCUCUCUACGAGGACGAAACUUGUGUGGACAAUCAAAGCCUGCGUCAGAAAUUCAUAUAAGUACAAGAUUAGGGGGACUAAUUGAAAGAAGUAUACUAAAACUUUAGAAAACGUUUCUCCCAUGCACUGAGAGAGGGGACACCCCAGCAGCACCUAAAAUAUAGAAGGAAGAAAUAAAAUACCUGGAUAUCUCAUUACUGAUCGUCGUUAGGGUGUACUUAAUUGAACGUCUCGACAAGCUGCGAGGUAGAAAAUCUCACCAACUCCGAAGCGUCAAAUGAAGAGGGGAGAGGUCAAGGAGAACAAAGAACACUGUUCGAAAACUAAGAUUUAGUUCUUAGAUAGGCUCUUUUCCUCGAUAGGCAUCCAGAAAGAAAAUGAUAUCGGCAAUAUGUAGAAUACCGAAAGACGGGCCGCCAAAUUCUAUCAAAUGGGUCCACAAUUCAGCAUACAAAGCCAGGUUAGUACCACCUUAGACCACAAAGCCAACCAGAAUGAGGUUUUGCGUGAAGUAUCCGGUUGCCAAUGGGCGGAGCGUCAGCUGCUGGUAGCGACGCAGUAGUUCGAUCAUCGAAGGCGACGAGGAUCACCCCGACACUUGCACGGGCCUCAGUGCUGUCUUGCACGUAAAUCCGUUAGUAGUGAGACGGACUUUUGAUGAAACUACCUCACACUUCCUCCCAACAAUCGCCAUGUCCCAUUGGCAAUACGAAAUCAAGACAACUGAGGAGAGGUGUGAACGCGGUGGCCGACAAAGCCACACAGCUAGGCUAGGCCUGCCGCACGAACUGGGCCCUCGCUUAACACAAGGCGUCUCGGAUUUAGUACGAAUGUCACAGAAACCACGGUAAGAAGGAGCCAUUGAGUCAUGAGUUGGGGGCCACUGUGCUUGUAGAUCUCAGCGGGGAUCGCGUUUGAUCCAAACGCUUUCCCGCUGGAGAGCCGUCACAUAGUCUUGAUGGUUUCGUGGAAAGAGGACGGGAGGUCAAGGCAAGCGUUGGUCUCCACUUGCGGCAGACGGAUGGUGGGAACGCCGGAAAUGGUGGAGGGACGGUUGAGGACGUCUCUAAAGUGCUCGGUCUAUCUCUUCAGUAUUUGCGUCUUCUCAGUGAGUAGGAUACUGCCGUCGGCGCUGAGAAGAGGAGCAGUUCCUUCGGCUGUGGGACCGUAGACAGUCUUGAUCAUGGUGAAUACAUUCUUUCAUUCGUUGCGGUCCGCGUACCCUUAGAUCUCCUAGGCCUUGCGAGCCGUCCAAGCGUCCUGCAUCUCGCGCAGCCGCUGCAGCACAAGGCGACGAUUACGGUAGAAGGCUGUUUUGUUGUCGUCGAUGGGACGGUUGACGUAGGCUUUGUGCAAGCGGUUCUUUUCGGCGAGCCGGUCGCUGAUGGCGGUGUCGUUGUCAUCGAGUCAGUCCUGAUGUUGGCGACAUGCGCGACCAAGUACAGCCAGGGCCGUCGACUGGACUGUGUCUCGCGGUUGGCACCAUCGGUCCUCUACGGAGGCGUUCUCGUCGGCGGCAGCAACUGA